UAUUUAUUGGAUAGUUUCUUUUCGGUGUGGCUUAGGAAGAAAAUUGUGGAGGUAUCACCCUUUACCUUGAUCAGAAAAUAUAAAUACCAGAUUUACUGUUUUGUGUUUUCAAGAGAGUCCAGUAUUAAAAGCUAUAUGGUUAAGUGAGAGUGAAAUUGACAAAGUGUAUUAUCAAAAAUGAUUUGAGGCUUGAUUAAGGUUUGUCAUCUCCACGCACGUUGUCCGCGUUUUGGAUUUAAUGAUACAGACCGUUUCCUCCAGAAAACAUCAGUUCAGUGGUUGAAGUUUAUCGUCGCGUGUUGGAUUAGAGUACUGAAUCUGAAGAUAUAGACCCCCUUUUCAAGAAGACACUAGUUGAAAUUUUAUCAUCGCGUAUUUUAACCCCAUUUUGGCUUGGGAUAAGUAUAGUUAACGGGUGAUACAGACCGUUUCGGCCAGAAAGUAUCAAUGGUUCUACAGUAUUAUUAGAUAAUAUAAUUUGUUGCUUGGUAAAUUUUAUGCCCAUUUGUUUUCCAGUUAUGUGAAUAUCUGAUUUAAAUAAGACGGUGUAUCAAGUGUUCUAUAAAAGUUAGCUUACCGUAUCCCGUGAACAACUCCUGUGAUUAACGAUAGGUUUGAGUGAAUCGCAGCAGCACCAGUAACAAUCGCAGAAGCACCAGUAACACCUGUGACUAACGGUAAUUUGGAAGGAAUCGUAGCAGAACCAGUAACCUCUGUGACGAACGAUAAUUUGGAAGUAAUCCUAGCAGCAUCACUAACCUCUGUAAAUAGCGAUAGUUCGGAAGGAAUGUGUAACGCUGUGAUCUAUAAUUUUUUUUUAAUUUGUGAGGAAACUAAUGACCUUUAUUGAGCAAUCGAAUAAGAUUUUAACUGUUACACCCUACUGCUUGAACUCAACACAAGAUGCCAGAAACUAGGAACCCAACCGUUAUCCCAUCCCACACGAUGACAACAUUACCCCCUAUCUUCGGAAAAUCGAAAAUAAAGAAAGAUUAUAAAAAACCGCCCAAGAUUCCGGUGGUCAUGAACAAACGAACGGCGUACAAACCAUAUACCAAGAUGUACGGUGACGACAUGGUGGAGUUAAAACGCAUGGAACAGGCAGAGUUGGGGGUUAAAACACGAUCGAGGAACAAGAUGGAGGAUGAAAGGUGCUGGCGGAACGUUAACCUCAGUUACAGAGAUCAUCUCUAUACCAUGGGAAGCAUAAGACAAGAACAGUCACUGGUUUAUCAACUCAUGUGCAAAGUUCAAAAGGACAAACGACGAAUCCAGCGGCAGACGCACAGGAGACGUGAAAAUGAAUUUCAGGAAAAGAUGCGGUGGCAACGCAUUAAAAGCAUGUGUCAUUUUGUGGUAUUAAAAUUUCGGGAAAAUGUUCAACGGAAAAGGGAACAAAGAUUAAAACAAGAAGGGUUGAGUGCGAGUCAGAUCGAAGCGUCUAAGCGCAGCAAAGUGAAAAGUUCCGCAAAACAGGAUAUUUAUCAAUCAAAAAUAACAACACCAGUAAAAAACCGUCAUGACGAAGAACCGCCUUCUCGUCUUGAGAUGGUUUCAGAGGUGGGGGGCGAGGGCGAAGAUUGUCAUUCUUCUUUCAAAAUCAAAGAAAACAAUGGCCGUGAUUCGACUUCAAAUACUAACCCGAAAAAUGUCUCAGUCAGUGAUAUUUCUUUUAAAACUAAAUCCAAAACAGAAGCAGAUAUGGAUUUAAAAAAGUCAGGCCAAAAUGUUGUUCACUCGCAAAACUUUUGUACAAUUAGUGACAAAAUACAACCUGUGUGGGCUGAUGAGGAGUUGCGUAAUUUGACCAAGGAUGAUGACAAUAUUAAUGUUAAUGAUGUUAACUUGAAAACGCCGACCUUUGAUGAGCAGGUUCAGCAUCAACAUACCUCAAACAGUGAUAUACGGACAAGGAUUAUUCAGGUUAGAAAAGACAGACCCAGUAAGCCUUUAACACGAAUAAUUCAUAACUCGCAGGAAAAUCAAACCUCAGAACCACUACAAAAGAAUCAGACAGCCAUUCGGUCCACAUCUGACAUAACAUCCCAAACUCAAGAAGCCGGGGUUCAGAGCGAACAAACAGAUUGUUCUUCAGUCGUGUCUUCGGUAAAAGCUAGAGCCCCGCUUAAUCCGGUGAAAGUUCGUAGACGAGGGACAACCCGACCACCAACAACUUAUCUAACCUCCAAUCUCGAACAAUCGAUGCAGUCAGAGAAAGCUCACCUAGAAAAGCAGGCCUCGAACUAUAAAAACGAGGAAAAGUGUCAAGUUUCUAAUCAAACACAUAAAGAAGAGAAGGAAAGCUUGGUUGUGUUGAUGAAGAAACGCGCCAGACAUCGAGCUAAGAAAGAUUUAGACGCGUUAAAUAAAGAAUCAUUUGUGAAAUAUGAAAGGACCAAGAGUGGCCUUUUAAAGUCAUAUCCGGGAAAACGAGAAACAUUUGUGCCUCCUUCAUCAAAAAACCUGUAUACUCGCCAUAAACUACUUCGUCAGGAAAGAGAAGCAAUUCUAAUGCAGCGAUUUAAGUUGGCCAAAUUUUACGAAAGUGUCAUGGAAAUGAGAGAAAGAACUGUUGUUCAUGAAAAACCUACCGAAAAAUUAGAAUCUAAAGAUAAAGAGCUACCAGCAUUAAAAGCCAACCCUUCACAGAUGACCAACAGCAUCUUUAAUGUGACUCAGCCGGAACAGGUUCGAUUAGAUGAUGAUAAUACGAGUCGAUAUGUGAGAGUUUAUGAUCGCGAUUUAAAGGAGGACGUCGAUUAUAAUUUGAGUAACCGAAGAAUGUCCAGUUGGAAAACGUAAUUGGAAAUAAAUUUCCCAAACAAAACACAAACUGACACAGAUGUUGUUAAACCUAAUGAGAUCAGGGGCUAACUAGGUCUGACAGCCCAGAGGGAUCAGGGACCCAUGCGCCCAAAUUGGAAUUAUUUUGUACUUGACCUCGGAAGCUUUAUACAUGCAAUCGUACAGACGAUUGUUAUGACCAACACUUAGAUCAAGCAAAGGGUGAUAAUAUUAGUAACAACUAGUGGACUUCAUAAUUCUAAAUACGGCGUUGAGAGACUAUCAGUGUCCUUUGCGUAAUACUUGACACAAGUUGAUGGAUUACAAUUUAUUUAGAUUCCAUAUAGUUUGUCAUUCUUUUCAGUAAAUAAAUGCCACUUAAACAAUUCAUCCUUUAGCCUUGGUGAAUAUGGAGUUGAACUACCCAUAAAGAUACAUUUAAUUCA